AUGAGACCUGCCGCAGCAUCGGGUUGUCCCCCGCCUCCGCCGCCAGAUAUUCCAGUGAGUAGAGGGGGUGAUCUCAGGAAGCCCCGAUUCGAACUCAUGCUAGUUUGCAUGGUCGGAGACGUACGUUGGUGCGGUGUCUCAGAGUAUUUGCGGGUGCUGACCGCGAUGGCACGCCUCUGACCCUAAGGUCAUACACGCGGUUUUGUGACGGCGGCGGCGGUGGUUGUCGUGGCAACGACUACACUCCCGCCACUGUCGGCGACACACUGUCUGGAGAUGGCCUCGAGUGAGCGGAGGGUGAGUGGAUGGGUGUCUGCAACCGCCACUCAUUCCUUCAUCGUCCAUUCGGACCAAUUAUUUGCAUAAAGUUUUGGGUCCAAGUUUUUUGCAAUGCAGAUCAUGUCUGGACUUCUCAUGUCACACCCACUUCUUCCACACCCCAACCCCAUAUUCGUGCGUUCAGCCAAUUUAGCCUAGCAUUGGCUUGAGCAUACUUUCUCGCGUCUGUAUGGGGUGCAGCUGCGAGAUACGUAAGGCUCAGCAAUCAACGACAACUUAAAUUGUUUUGGCUCGGACUGGUGUGGGAGGGAGGGUGCAGGUGGUGGGGCCUGUCCGUCCCUCAUCCAGCACCUCGUUUCGCCUCAAAAUGAACAAGCAGACGCGCUGAAAUCUAGGCGCACACACAAACAACUAUGGCUGUGCGCUUUGCGUGGCAAUUUUCGUCCUCGUGGAUUCUGAUGGACAUGCUUAUUAACAUAUUCGAUUGGCGUCCUGCUUGAGCCAGGUGGACUUUGACACAUUCGCUAGUGUUUGGAUGUUUUAAACUUCGUUUCGAAUGCACUGCACUCCUUGGUGUUUUCCAGUCUUGUGUUGGGAAGCAACCCGUCCAUUUAGAUUUAUGAAUGUAUAGUUAGCUGUGGAUUCGAGCUACUGUUUGUUAUCGGUAGCCAAUAACCUAGAAAUAGCCCUUCAAUCCUCCCUCGUCGCCUUCGAUUCAUGUGUAUCCAGACAUGUAUGAGUUUCCGACAAACUCAACUGAUGUAGACGGUUGUUUCCCGUCUGUUUUGUCCUCUGCAACAGUUGGUUUGUGAGGUUCUGUAUUGGCGUGAACUUGUUUUUUGAUUGAGCGCCAAAUCCACCUCCUCUCCACUUAGCCAUGCGUCUGCAGUCGGUCCGUUUGCACUUUUACUGUCGGUUGGGUUGCUGUUGUUGUGUAUGGUCCUGUCGGUCGUUUUAAUGUCGUUUAAGUGGUUGCCGGUCGUUCUGAGAGUGCCUGUGUUAUCUCGAGAUUAGAUUCAUAGGCAUUGGCGGAUGUGCACACUUCGCGCCAGGUCCAAAUCAAAGGACCCUUCUGUCCGGUAAUACAGGUAUGCAGGAUACUUUUACCUGCAUUUCUGUGUUAAUGAAUGAUAAUGCGAUUUGUGUCAUGUACGGCGUUUUUUGAGGAAAGCUUUUCAGACUUGCGUGAGGUGCAUUAGUCCGCGACUCCUGAACCGCCAGGCAGUCACUUUGUUGCCGUCAAGGCUGUCGGCAUAGCCAUUAUACGUCCAUUCUCAACUGACGAGUUAUUUGGACAGACGGUCUCUCUGAGUAUGCGUUCAACUAGUGAUUCUGCCGCACGUCCCCCCUAUUUUACUCGCAAUCGUAAAUUCCUCAUUUCAAAAUCGCCUAUCGUCAAAUUCUUGGCCUGACUCCUCGUAGGUGGUGAGGGCAAACGUCCAAAUGUGGAGAUUUUGGUACACUGUAGUGGAAGGUAUUUGCAGCAUUAGUUUUAUCUUUAAGAAUCUGUCGCCCAAUCUGUCGAAGAUCAAUUGCAGAGAUACAGUCCUACACUUGACAGAAGCUUGCUUUAACUUAAGCCAGAUUUUCCGUUGAUUGCUUAGAGUCUUCCAGAAGCCGGCGAAGAAGCCUUCGCUUGUCAUGAGCAUAAAUCUCGUCGGGUAAGUUUUGGUUGCCUGCGGCAUGAGAACAAUUUUGGAAUUUCUAGUGGAUGGAAGGGAAGCGUUACUUGGGAAUUUACGUGUUUUCCCUUUGAGAAAGGGAAUUCUACAGGUCAACGAAACUUGGUGAGGGCAAAUGUCCAGAUGAGGAGCUUCUGGUAUGCUGAAAUGGAAUAUAUUCUCAGUAGGCGUUUCAAAUUAGAGAAUGUAUUGUCUCGUCUUGCGACGUUUAAUUGCAAGGAUGCAGUUAGUGUGCAAUAAAUAGAAUUUCGCUGAAGCUUAGGUUGGAUCGUCCUUUGAUUGUUUACAGUCCUCUAGGACCCGCUGCGGAACCCUUCCCCAGUGAGGGGCAUAAAUCCUGUCGGGUAAGUUUCGGUUGCCUGUAACAUGAGGAAAAUUAUGGAAUUUCUGGCGGAUGGAAAGGAUGCGUUAAUUGUGAAUUCUCAUGUUUUGCCUCAGAGAAAGGGAAUUCUGCAGGUCAGUGAACCUUGGUUGUUACCGGUCCAUGGAGAGUAAGAUCGUGCGUUUUGGAGGAAUAGUUUGGGUAUUCAUGCAAGUCCGCAGUGAGGUAAAGUGUGCUCUAUUUGUAAUGAGCACAUUUGGGGAAAUCGGUAUGGUCGCAGACCGAUCAUGGUUGGGAAUCGUGAGUCAGGCAUGUUUGCAUCUUUAAAUUCGUUGCGUAAAUUUAGCUCCAAACGGGAAACCUUUGUUGCCGGGGGACUUCCAGCCCAUUUGCCGAUUUUGUUAUAUGGCUGCCCUGGAGUAAAUGGAUUCUUUAGAACAUUUUCGGGUUUGAGGUAGCGUGUACCUUCGCCAGUUCUUCGCGAACAAUCAAAAGUAAAUAGAACAGGUUCUGACGAUGCCUUGCAGUCGUUUUUGUGAUUUGCAGCUGUGUUGACUAAUGCUUUUCUGGAAUGUGCCUUAAUGCAGAAACUGCGUUUGAUGUCAAUCACAAUGCGCUGUUCGACGUAGUAGGCUAACUAAUCGCGUAGCAACUUGCGCAGGCGGUGUUGCUGACGUCAGUAAGCAGCAGGUGGUGGGGGCCUGUAUUGCGUUGUGCAAAGCUGAGCACAUCACGUGAGUCCAGGAGGCCACAAAGUCACCACGAAUAGCCUGAAUAUGCAAAGGAAGCGUGCUAAGAUGAGAGCAAGGUGAUGUGUUAUUUUUGUCUCCAGAUUGAAACAGCUUGGAUACACAGACAGACCUACUCGUCUGGACUUGUUUGCUGACGCACAGUUCCGCCAGCGUGUGUGCUUAUGAAGAGAUUACGAGUCCAGAUAUGUGGCAAGAGUUGGGAGGUGUUCAAACUCACACACGUUGGAGGGGAUGGGCACCCAGAAUAUACAUUAAACCCCUUCCUCCCCCCGCCCCCCUCCACUUCCCUAUUCCUUUCCUCCCCCCAUCUGUUGCAAGUAGGAUUUCAGUCUCAUGCAUCUGUUGUGAAAUGUGUUCCCCUUUGGCUAAUUUCUCUGCCAGUGGCUGUGGCCGCUAGAGUGGGAGUUCGGGCGUCGCGAUCGACGACGUCCACCGUGCGCUCCACGGGACUGGGCGCAACAGCGGUGACUUGGGUGUGAAUUAGUCUACGGCGAGGCAGAUUUGCAUGGCGUCUGCAGCACUCGCUGCCCCCUGAUCCUCGCAUCCGAUGGCUGACCGGUUCGAACAGUGGACUGGUGUCUGUGAGUGGGAAUACUGAUUUAGGUCGACUCUUGGGGGGCUGCGUCCUCACGGCAGUCAGUGUACAUUCCUCAUUAUAAACAAUCCGACACGCUUUAAAGUUAUCAUGUUGUGCUACAUGCCGCGGCUUGGAAGGCUGUCAUCUGACAUGAUAACCCAGUUGUCCUCUUAGGACGGAGAGUCAGGCUGCGAUUACCCCUUCUUAUGGCAGUCCAUCUCAGUUGGGAUCCGAGAAGCCCCUUUCUUGGUUGUGUGAGAAGCUCGUUCAUCGUGCGUGUAUGUGGCGUGUGGGUCAUGCACAGCCGAGCUGUUUAGCUCCAUCAGCCACUGCACCCGAUCCCGCCGCCAUUCUGCGAUACUGUCUCAAGACCUAUUUCACCUUCGGCGGACAAAUGCACGAACAAAUAAAAGGCACUCCUAUAGGCUCCCCUAUAUCAGGCCUAAUCGCUGAAGUAGUUCUUCAACGGGUAGAACAUUUGGUGUUCACCAAGUAUCAACCAAAGUUCUGGGCCCGCUAUGUCGAUGACACCUUCGUAGUUGUCAAAACAACUGACAUUGAACACCUAAAAGAACUACUGAACUCGGUUGACCCGGAUCUCCAAUUUACGAUGGAAGCAGAAACAAACAACCAACUCCCCUUACUUGACGUACUUGUGCGCCGGUGUACCACUGGACAGCUGCAAACUACAGUAUUCCGAAAAUCCACCGACACGAGACAGAUCCUACACUUCAACAGCAGCCAUCCUCUGUCUCACAAACGUAGUUGUGUCCGCACUCUAUUCCAAAAAGUCGAAACACACUGCAGCACACCAGAAGAUAAAAGGGCCGAACGAUUGUACCUUGUGAACCUAUUUGCAGCCAAUGGUUAUCCCAGGCAUUUCAUCGAGAGAAGCAGACGUUGGGCGCCCAGACCACGGCCAAAUGAGCAGCAACCCGAAGUCUGGAGGGCCAUUCCUUACGUUAAAGGGGUCUCUGAAGCGGUCUCGCGACUGUUGCACCCCACCACAGUAGGCAUAGCCCAUCGACCACAAGCAACAAUUCGACGUCGCCUAAUGCAGCCUAAGGACCCAUUGCCACCCGCUGAAACCUCAGCAGUCAUCUACAAAAUAAAUUGCAAUGAGGGCGACUGCAACUAUGUGGGCGAAAGCGGGCGGAAAUUGCAAACUCGCCUACAAGAGCACAAAUCGGCCACUCGGAGGUUAGACCCUAACUCUCAACUAGCAACACACGUUGGGGAAACGGGGCAUACUUUUGACCUCCAGAGGGCUACCAUCUUAGGCCGAGGCAACACAAAAACAGAACGGCUAACUCUCGAGGCGUGGUUCUCCGAUGCCCACUCUAUCAACAGGCAUCUGGACCUUCCUGCAGCUUACAAAGUCCUACGUCAUCACAAUCGUAAAGCUCAGGACCAAACAACCACACCAGACUUAAGAAGGCCGCACGGAGAUAGCCCGACGCUGAGUCUACUCGGUGAGGAAGAAGAAGAACCGCCAGACCAACCGCCCGACUAAAGUCCAAUCAGUUCCCCUCGACGGAGUGGUGACUCACAAAGCACACAGGCAAAACGCCCGUCAACCAUCUCCCGAGAAGCCGAGGCAGCGAGAGGAGGGCAAAAUCGAUCAGCAUGAGGCCGGCCAACACGACUGCCACUUUAAAGUAAAUUUCUGAUCGAUUAAGUGCAUUUUACGCUUUUACAAUGAAGAGCCGACCCAGCUCUUUGAAACGUCAGCACUUAAAUAAACCUCUUCCGGAGAGCCUGUCUUCGUCUUCAAUUAAUCAACCCGGAUAUCUCAACUUUGCCAAUCUACUUGACUCUGUUUUGACGUGCUCAUGUGUAUGAGCUGGGAGGGAGUGCGGUAUACGCAGCGCAAGUCGAUCCUCGCUAUAACCUUAUUCAUAAGCUGAGAUGGCAGAAAUGAAUCCCAGACACUGACAGGAUGCCACAGCAUCUACGCCAUGCUGAGUCAACUGCAGCUGCAUUGGAGCGGCCAUCUCGUGCGGAUGGACGACGAGUGGCUACCCAAACGACUCUUCUACCGAGGUGUCGCCACGGGUUACCGCCGCCAAGGAGGAUAAAUUCGUCGAUUCAAGAAUGCUCUGAAGUCCUCCCUGAAGUGUCAGCAAAUAAACCCCGCCAACUUGGAGGAGCUCUUUCGAGACCGACCGACCUAGAGGAGGUCAGUGAAGAGAGGCGCAGUGAUCUGCGAAACCAACCGCAUUGCCGCCACGAAAGCCAAACGCGAAGCCCGGAAAUCUCAGCUGCGCCCUCCUCGCUAUGCUAACGAAUAACCGCCUCGAGCGUGUCCACGGUGUCAACGGACAUUCCGGACGCCAAAUGGACUUGUUGGAAACCUUCCGAUCAACUGCACCGCUCGGACUGCACUAACCGUCUUCCCCCGUCCACCUCUUCCUCGUCCUCUAUGUCGUCAACAGAUUCUGACAGCCCUUCUUAACCACCACUCCCAUCCUCCUCCUCCUCCUCCUCCUCUUUCCUCUUCUUCUUCUUUAAUGCCUCUUAGUCUUCCAUUUCGGCGUCUACCAAGCACAUCAACAUGGCACACAAUCCUAACACAUCAACAAACACCAAAACCAUCACUGACGACACCAGGAAUGAGGACCAGGCUACACCUGUCCUCACUACGACCGCACCUCCACCGCAUACGCCGGCCUGGUCGGUCACUUGCAAAUCCAGCGCACAGAGUCUGGCGAACCAGUGCCUGGAGCACCAAACUACACCCGCCACACCCGUCUCCACUGCCCACACUGUCCUCGCACAGACAUGCACCGCAUGGGCCUAUUUUGCCACAUCCGCGUCCGUGAAAACCUGCGGUAGGCAACCGCCGGCUGAAGCACACCACGACAUUCUUCCUCACCACCAUCUUUCCACACAUCAACAUCACCCACCGCAAGAACCCAACUGCCACCUCCCACGAAAGUGGGAAGUGUGCGGCUCCUGUCGCAUGGGUGACUCGAGCCUGAGAUUAUCCCGGCGCGUCAAGCACCGCGGAUUGGAAGGCUACUGA